AUGACGACCGACGGUCUUAUCAACCUGUUCCCGGAAAACGAGGUUGCUGUCAAGGGUCAGGCCAAGAUAGUUGUGCUUCUCAGAACUAUGGAUCGAUGGGAAAUCCAGCCGUUUUUGUUCAAGUCGAUGCCGCCCAAUGAGGUUCGUGAGCAAUGGAUGAAAUGGAAAAGGAAUUUCGAUUACAUUGUCGCAGCAUGCGGCGAAAAGGAUAAAACUAAAUUAAAGUAUCUGUUGCUAGCAAGAGCAGGUACGGAUGUUCAAGACGUUUUCCAAACCAUUCCUGAAGCGGAUGUUACAGAGGAUGUUGAGAACGGAAUUGAUCCUUAUCAGGUUGCAUUGGAAAAGCUCAAUGAAUAUUUUGCUCCCAAACAUCAUGAAUCCAUGGAGCGUCAUGUUUUCUGGACAUUAAAACCAGACACUAAUGAAAAUUUAGAAAAAUUCAUGCUAAGAGCUCGCGAACAAGCAUACAAAUGUAACUUUGGUUCGUCUAUUCAAGAAAGUCGGGAUAUCUGUGUGAUUGACAAAAUAAUUUUACUUGCUCCACCUGAUUUACGGGAAAAAUUGCUUCAGAAGGAUUCAUUGAAGUUAGACGAUGUGUUCAAAAUCGUUGCUUCCCACCAAUCGGUUAAAUACCAGGCUAGUCAGAUGAUUGUAGCUGGGCCUUCCGGAAUGUCAAGCACGCCAUUUGAUGUGAACCGUCUACAUGCAAACUCUAGUCGUUUCAAUAAAUUUCAUAAUUCCGAGUGUGGGAGGUGUGGCAAAAAAGGACAUUUUUCAAAUGAUCCGAAAUGCCUUGCAAAAGAUAAGGAAUGUCAUCUUUGCAAACGAGUAGGACAUUAUGCAAAGAAGUGUAAAACCGCCAAUGCAAAGGGUUCCAUACGUCCACCAGGUCAUGUACAACGCGAGGCUCAGCGAUCGUUUCAGCGGUCUACCAACCGUGUUAGAAAUAUUUCGGAAGAGCAGGAAGAUAGUGAACAGACUGAAGAGCCACCCCAGAGUUUCAUUUUCGCUAUUGGGGAUGGUGAUGAAUACAUCUGGAUCAAAAUAGGAGGAAUAAUGAUGCAAAUACUGAUCGAUUCCGGUAGUAAUAAAAACAUAAUUGAUGGUGAAACAUGGAAACGGUUGAAAGCGCAAGGCGUGGUCAUUCAAAAUUCAACUACGAAAGUGGAUCAUCAGUUCCGUGGCUAUGGAAUGGAGGCAAAACCAAUGAAAGUGCUGGGUAUGUUUGAUUCCACGGUCGUGAUAGAGGUUGAUAAUAGUCAGCCGAUUAGUAGUGAGGCUCGCUUCUAUGUAGUUGAUAACGGAAAUCAACCACUUCUUGGAAAAGAAACUGCAAAAGAGUUGAAUGUUUUGCGCCUGGGUCUACCUAAGCAAGAAGCUAGUAUUCGUAAGAAUGGAGAAGUAGAACGUCAAAAUCGUUCACUCUUGAAAAGACUACAAAUUAGUUGUGCUCUAAAGCGAAAUUGGCGUAAGGAUUUGGAUGACUAUUUAAUGAUGUAUUACUCAACUCCGCAUUCAACUACUGGGAAAACUCCUACAGAGCUUCUAACUGGUCGGACUAUUAGAACCAAAAUACCGUCAUUGAAGGAUAUAGAAACAGCUCCAUCAAGUGAAGACUUUCGAGAUCGUGAUUGGAUUCAAAAGUAUCGGUCUGUUGAUCGGGAGAAUGCUAAUCGGCAUGCUAAAGCAUCGAGAAUUGAGUUAGGAGAUACGGUUCUUAUGCAAAAUCUUACUCCUGGGAAUAAGUUAAGUACGACAUACGGACAGGCAGAAUACACAGUUCUUGAUAAAGAAGGAUCUCAUGUGACUAUUCAGAGCGAUGCGACAGGAAAGACUUUCCAGAGGAAUACAGCUCAUUUGAAAAAAAUUGAUCAACCAAUUGAAGGUGAGGUUGGUGAAUGUUCGGGUGUCAUUCCAGCACAACAGAUCCCGCCCACGCUUCAAUCAAUGGUCCAGGGUCAUCCAUCGAUUGACGAUACAACCCAUUCGUUGGAAGUGAACGAUAGCCAGACCAGACCAAAGCGUACCACCCGUAGACCAAUGAAAUUUGAUGACUACGUCGAGGAAUAUAUUGAAUAG